AUGCUAAGUUAUUCCCUGGUUUUCUUUCCUUGGUUCCUUGUUUUUCUUCUUCUUCCAUUUUUUUUCAGUUGGAAAACAACAACAAAUUAUAUAAUCUGUUGGUCCCAAUUAUAAUAGAAUAAAAUGAAGCAAAAGAUUGUGCUCAAGGUUGAUAUGAAGUGCAACAGAUGCCGGACUGAGGCACUCAAGGUUGUCGCAAAAGCUGAUGGUGUGAACUUCUUGGGGUUAGAAGGAGAAAACAAAGAAAGAGUGGUGGUGAUCGGAGAUGGAGUUGAUGCGGUCAAUUUGGCUACCAACUUGAGGAAGAAAGUUGGGCAUACCGAAAUUAUCAGCGUGGCAGCCCAUGAUUCUAAAUAGAAAUAUUCAGUGUUCUAAUGUAUAAAUUUGCUCUUAAAAUUUACGCGAACUGCCAUCUCACACUCUCAAAUUUGUGGAGAAUCUAUCGUGAUCCUAAACUUUUAUAUUUCAGUAAUAACUAUAUACCUCGCUAAAAUGAAUAACUUUACAAGAGUUUAAUCAUAACUCUGUAUUUUUACAUUUUAUUUUGACGAGGAAUAUAAUUAUUACUGAAAUGUGAAAGUGUAGGAUUAUAAUAGGUUUUUGCAAACUUGAGGGUGUUAUAAGGCAAAUCACGUAAACUUGGAGAGCAAAUCUACGUAUUUAGCCGAUAUUUAACAUGUAACAGGGGCUUCUGUGGCCCAUUUGUUUGAUGAGUUUAUUUGGCUUAUCUUUUGGUGCUAUGGAGGAUGGUCAUUUGUAUCACCAUUACCUUUUAAAUUUUCUUAAUUUUCGUUUUCAUUUUAUGAUAUUAUUAUCUCACAA